AUUCACACAAUGGCUUUCGUACGGGCAGGUAGCGGUGCGCGUCGCUCCGUAUUUCCUUGUAUUUCGUUAACGCUAAACGAUACUAAAUUAUUAAGAAUUUUGAAAAUAGAAAAAAAGGAUAUGUAAAAUGCAAUUGUUACAACAUAUACAGUGAAUAUUAAAGCUUAAUGUUUGUUGUAACAGGUCAUUACUUUUUUCCAAUAUCAAUUUGCAACAUAAAUAAUCUUAUCCAUUGUCGUAUAUUUUAUUUUACACUUACAUCAUGGUUUCUAUCACGCAAUAUGGCACGAUGUUAGCCUUUACUGUAACCGAGACGCGGAAUCGCAAAAAGUUCUGAGCAUCCCGUGAGAUUAUACUCGCAGUUAGAACCUUCGGCUCUUCGUCUGUAUUGCGGUCGUUUCCGGUAAUAUUACGGGCCAUGAAGUGCGCACAGUUAUUCGAGCUUUUUUUUUUUAAGGAAGCUUUAGCAGACAUGGCACUUGAAGUUACGCAUCGGUGAACACUUUCGUUUCUUCGUCGAAGAAGCUUAUGUGGGCUUAAGCUUUUAUCACGGAUCAUCGAGCACGGAAGAAAGUAAUUACUUCUUCGAAUAUAAUUAGCGAUGAGACGACGGUGGAGCGUUCUCGUCGUAUUCGCGUCGCUCUGCCAUCUCAUUUCUUAUCGUUGUGGAAAAUGCUCGGUGCAUUUACAUACAUACAUUACGACUCACGUGUGUACGAGAUACUCGGAAAGAUCGUGAGAGUAACGCGUAUAGUAAAAGUGUUUUAGUAAAAGUGCCAGCAGUAACACGUGGUCAACUGUAAAAGAUGUCAACGUGACGGGCCGAUUGAGAAGAGCUGCGAUGCCGUAGUCGUCGCUAUGAGCGAGAGCCGGUGCUACACGGAUUCGCCCGUGCUCGCCGAACAUCAGCCCUUCAACCGUAAUGGGAAGGCGCUCAGGGGAUCUAAGAAGAGCGUGUUAUUCUAUACGACCGACUGCGGGGACGAAAAAGAGGAUCUGGGUCUCAAGCUCCAGCAGCGAUCUGUCUCGUUGACUGCAUUACACACCGGAGUUGGCGCUCAGCAGCAACUAUUGGAGCCGAGAAUGGCGCAGUUGGAGACCUUAGAAGCCAAGAUGGCCAGUAUAGAAGUGUCGUUGUCGACGACACCAAGACGGAAGAAAGGUGGCAGUAUAUCCGGGAGCAUUCCUUCUCCCGCUGGUCACCGAAACAGAGAUCAUUAUAAGGAAUUGGACGCUCUCCGAGUUGCCUUGCGCGACAAAGAAAACAUCAUACAGACGCUCAAGGGCCAGCUUUGCAACACGCUGAGCAGCAGACUGGCAUUACGUAACGGCGCGCCACCCUUGACCGAGGCCGACAGGAAAGCGGCUGAGGAGCGGCUUCAAAGGCUACGACGGGACGCCGACAAUAAGCGCCUGGCUAUUAAGAACCUGAAGCUCGCGCUCGAGCGUCUCGAUAUCACGGACAAUAUUGACGUUCGCAUACAGCAAGCAGAAUUGGAAUACAGAUUAGGCCGCGAGGAACUCGAACUGCUGACUCUUCACGAAGAAAGUAGAGCCCUUCAAGCUGCUUUAGAGUUGGCCGAAACUCAAGAAAAACAAAAAAAUGACACGAUAUUCAGCUGCAUUUCCGGCUCGACGCAAGUCACGAUCCACGCGGUAGAAGUCAGCGCGGAUCCGAAAAGUCCUCGUUUUGGAGCAGGACCCAGGGACGAUGCGAUCGGUCUCUACGUUGACUGGGCCGUGGAGGAUUCCGGUCUUUGUAAAGGAGACAGGAUUUUGGAGGUAAAUGGAAAACUGGUGGUAGGAGCGGGUAGAAGCGAUCUAGCGCGACUUUUGGCUGUCGCUCCCGACGCCGCGCAAAUAGUGGUCCUUCGAAAGGGCGAAUCUCUCGCUGCGUUGCGCACUUUGCGCUCCGAUAAUCUCAGACUGACACACAGGAUCGGUUAUCUUGAGGAACAGGUCAGAGAUCUCCUGGCGCCAAGCAGGACCGAGGUUCCCACUGAAGACCCGCCGCCGAGUCGUCAGGGACAUGUACAGGUUUUCCAAAAAGGGCCUCAAGUAACGGCGCUCGUAACGGCGAAUCUACCUGGUCUCAACGUGAAAAGUUGCACGGAAUUGCGACAAAGUUUGCCGAUCGUUCGAAGUAGACACAGCGAUCAUUCCAGGCGCUUAACGGACUCAAGGAGCCAACGCGAGCUCGAUUUCUCAUCCGAUGGAGUUGCGAAUGGCCACCACAAAUCUCGGAACCGACAGAAGCACCAGGGUCUCCAGCUGGCCAGGUCAACGGCUAGUCUCGACUGCAAACAGUCACCGAUGCAGUCGCAGAUGCAACGUCGCAGAUCACCACGCGUCGAAUCCGCUAUGGAGCACUUGCACAAAAGUCGCAAGAGCGGCUCGCAGCUGCAAUCCCUGGAAUUCGACUCUGAGCCGACUUAUUAUCGUUUACAGGAUUCCCAGUCACGUGCAUCGGAGAAUUCAGAAAUAUCGGCAGCGUACAGUUUUCAGGAAGCCAAAACUCGUCCGGCACCGCCGAAGAAACCGCUGCGGCUCUCCUUACAUCGCGCGGCGAGUCUUCAAUCCGUGGAGAGCGCGCCGCCGGCCGCGCCGCAGCAUGACGUGACGCGAAAGCCGACGAAGAGGAAUCACCGCGGCGAUCCACCCGCGGAGAAAAUCUCAUCGCGGCCCGAGGCGAAUGGGAACAUGAAUGCGAAUUCCCAGGAGUCUCACGCUAGUCCGCCGCAACCACCCCCGAGGACACCCUCCAGGGCAGAGUCGUGUCAGAGCGCCCUGCGAUGGCCCUCUCCGAAGCCGAGAGCGCACUUGACGUCCGUGCCAAUGGAGAAAUGGUGCUGAACGUUGCGAAUUUACGGACGUUUCUCGGACGAGAGAAUGGAAAGAUAGGAGGAGGAAAGCUGGAUAAGCGAAAGCGAUUCCCGAAAUUGUUGGAAAUUUUGAAAGCGCAGCAUCGCAUAUUAUCAAAUGUCGCUACUUUAUUACCUUGACGUUACGGCAAAAAUUACGAGAAAAAAAUGGCGCAAUGUCGAUAUUAUUAAUGAUAAGAAUGAAAAGGAUGUACGAAGGUCCUAUUUAAUGAAUCCUCGAGACGCGUUUGGAAUUGAUUACAAUGCAAAUUGCUAACGCGUCGAAAUAAAGUUUAAUCUAUGUAUGCUUUAUCAAAUUUAAUGACUAGCACAUUUCAUAUUGAUUGUCUAUAAUUAAGAUUAGUUUUAUGAGUAUAUAAUAAGAUACAUAUAUAUGGUAUAAUAAUUAUAGUAUGUUAUAUAUUAAGAGUACAUAUCAUGUCAUGAGAAUAGAAUCAAUAACAAAGGUUAUUUUAGUUAAUAUUCUUCUUCUUUAGUUAAUAUUCUCAUGAAAUCUUAUAUUCAUUUCCUAAAAUGAAGUAUUAUCUCUUUGAGAGAAUAAAAAAAAACAAGACUGAUAAGUCGUAUAUAUUAUUACAGAUAUUCAACUUUGGAUAAAUUUGAUGACAGAUGCACUGCCUAAGUUUAAAAAGUACUUGCUUAAAAUCUCUAUCAUGUAUUUUGAAAUGCAUACUCGUCUUCACUCCUAACAAAGUUAUUGAUGAAAACAAUUAUAUUUAUAUAUGCUUUCUAAGAGAAUAUUAUGUCUUUUAAUUUUCAGCUUUGAUUUCCAGCUUUUAAUAGAAAUUAAUAUUUAAUUUUUGUUGUUCCCCGAAUAUCAAAUAAGAACGAAUAAUGCUUCAUGAGCAUUAGAAACGUCAAGUACUCUACAUAAUUUAAUGAGCUGAGCUUCUAAAUAAAAUGCGUAAUAUUUACUAAUGCAAACUAUACAUGUAAAAAUGAUAAACUCAUUACACUGCAAUUCUACACUGCAAUUCAUAAGAUUAUCAAUAAAAUGUAUAAAUUUUUUUUAUUAUUAAAAGAAUAUUUGCGAUCGGUCCAAAUAGGAACCAUAAGCAAAUGUGUUAUAUUAAUGUAUAAAUGUACAAAGUUAUUGUGACUCUACUUUGAAAUAGAAUGAACUAAGAGAAUUCCAAGUACAAUAUAUUCUACGAAUGUCGUGCGUGUAUUACAAAAAAAUAAAGAUUC